GUUAAACUUAAUACUGUGGUUCGCUUAGCAAUUUUCAAUCUAGAAACCUCUCCUUUCUGCCACCGAAUCUUCUUCAACUCAACAAAAGCAACGGAACAAUUCUAUAUUCUUUACAAUUAGCGUUUACUAUUUUUCAAUGGUGAUUUCAGACUCACUUGAAAGUACAGGCGGAGCCGUCUCCACCACCACCACAACCACCGACUCCGAUCAUAACUUUUCCUUGCGGAAGAGGCCCGGCGCCACCGCAGUUCUAGCUACCUCCGAUUCAAACGCCACCGAACUGGAUAAUUCCACCAAUGUUGACGCCGCGGCCGUUGAAGGCCCGACGGAGUCGGCGAAUUUCGCGACGAGAAACGCCGAGAAUCAUGGAGGACAAGAUACACGAUUCGCUUAUCGGCCCUCUGUUCCCGCGCAUCGCAAAAUUAAGGAGAGUCCUCUUAGCUCCGAUGCAAUUUUCAAGCAGCAGAGUCAUGCCGGUCUAUUCAACCUAUGUAUAGUAGUGCUUGUUGCUGUUAACAGCCGACUUAUCAUCGAAAAUAUAAUGAAGUAUGGCUGGUUGAUUAAGACUGGCUUUUGGUUUAGUUCAAAAUCGUUGAGCGAUUGGCCCCUAUUUAUGUGUUGUCUUACUCUCCCAGUUUUCCCGUUUGCUGCGUUUAUAGUUGAGAAGUUAGCACAGCAAAAGUGUAUAUCUGAACCUGUUGUUGUUUCUCUUCAUGUAAUCAUUAGCACAGUUGCAGUUUUGUAUCCAGUUUUUGUGAUCCUUGGGUGUGAUUCUGCUUUUGUCUCUGGUGUCACUUUGAUGCUCUUUGCUUGCAUUGUGUGGUUAAAGCUUGUAUCUUAUGCUCAUACUAACUAUGACAUGAGAUCACUCAACAAGUCAGUUGAUAAGGGGGAUGCCCUGUCUGGUUCUCCAAAUGUGGACUGUUCAUAUGAUGUUAGCUUCAAGAGUUUGGCUUACUUCAUGGUUGCCCCCACUUUAUGUUACCAGCCAAGUUAUCCACGUACGGCAUACAUACGGAAGGGCUGGGUGGUUCGUCAAUUUGUCAAGUUAAUAAUAUUUACAGGAGUUAUGGGAUUCAUAAUAGAGCAGUAUAUCAAUCCCAUUGUGCAGAAUUCUCAACACCCUUUGAAAGGGAAUUUUUUAUAUGCCAUUGAGAGAGUUUUGAAGCUUUCAGUUCCAAAUCUAUAUGUGUGGCUCUGCAUGUUCUACUGCUUUUUUCACCUCUGGCUAAAUAUACUUGCUGAACUGAUUCGCUUUGGUGAUCGUGAGUUCUAUAAAGAUUGGUGGAAUGCAAAAACUGUUGAGGAGUACUGGAGAAUGUGGAAUAUGCCUGUUCAUAAAUGGAUGGUUCGGCAUAUCUAUUUUCCAUGCUUACGACAUGGUAUUCCUAAGAGUGUUGCCAUUGUCAUCGCCUUCUUAGUUUCGGCUGUAUUCCAUGAGUUGUGCAUUGCUGUUCCUUGCCACAUGUUCAAGUUGUGGGCUUUUAUUGGCAUUAUGUUUCAGGUUCCUUUGGUGUUGAUCACUACUUUUUUGCAAAGGAGGUUCAGGAACUCUAUGGUUGGAAAUAUGAUCUUCUGGUUCAUUUUCUGCAUAUUUGGUCAACCCAUGUGUGUGCUUCUAUAUUACCAUGACUUGAUGAAUCGUGAAGGGAAAACUGAAUAAACUUCCAACGACUUUGGGAUGAGAUUGGUCCAACCGAAAAUGGUGAUAGAUGUGUGUCGUUCUGCAGCUAUGCAGGCUAAAUGCAUUCAAUGUGCAGCAACAAGCUCUGUUCUGAUUUAAGAUUUAGUCAGGCUGCUUCCUGCUGAGACGUUUCAAGGCGACCUGUGUAAAUCUUUCUGGAAUAACUUUGUGAAUUACAAAACAAUUUUGAAAGUAAAAUUUGGUGACAGUGUUGUGUUGCCAAAAUAGUGGAGGUCUAGUCAUGCUCUGGUUUUUGUACAUG